AUGCGACCUACUCAACCAGCUGCUAACUCCACCUCCUCCGCCGCCGCAUCAUCCAUGCCUCCUCCCUCUUCCGCCGGACAACGCAGUCGUCCCCGGCGUCGUACUGAUUUGACCCUUCCUCUUCCUCAACGUGACGUUGCUCUUGCUGUUCCUCUCCCUCUUCCUCCAACCUCCGCUCCUUCCUCUUCCACAUCCUCAUCUUCCUCCCCGCUUCCUACCCCUUUACAUUUCUCUGAGCUCGAGAGGGUUAAUCGCAUCGGUAGUGGCACCGGAGGUACUGUUUACAAGGUUCUACAUCGUCCCACUGGCAGACUUUAUGCUUUGAAAGUUAUCUAUGGUAACCAUGAGGAUUCUGUCCGUCUCCAGAUGUGCCGUGAGAUCGAGAUUCUCCGAGAUGUAGACAACCCUAACGUCGUUAGGUGUCACGAUAUGUUCGAUCACAACGGCGAAAUCCAAGUUCUUCUUGAGUUCAUGGAUAAAGGCUCUCUCGAAGGGAUCCAUAUCCCUCUCGAACAACCUCUCUCCGAUCUAACUCGACAGGUUCUCUCCGGCCUCUACUACCUCCACAGGCGUAAGAUUGUUCACAGAGAUAUCAAACCUUCUAACCUCUUAAUCAACUCCAGGCGUGAGGUAAAGAUUGCAGAUUUUGGGGUCUCCAGAGUUCUCGCACAAACUAUGGAUCCUUGCAAUUCCUCAGUGGGUACCAUCGCUUACAUGAGUCCCGAGAGAAUCAACACAGAUCUGAAUCACGGACAGUACGACGGAUAUGCUGGGGACAUAUGGAGUCUUGGGGUGAGCAUCUUAGAGUUCUACUUGGGAAGGUUCCCUUUCUCUGUGGGGAGACAAGGAGACUGGGCCAGCCUUAUGUGCGCCAUUUGUAUGUCGCAGCCUCCUGAGGCACCACCCACUGCUUCCAGGGAGUUUAGGGAGUUCAUUGCCUGCUGUUUGCAGAGGGAUCCUGCCAGGCGGUGGACGGCCGCGCAGCUCUUGCGCCAUCCCUUCAUCACCCAGAAUAGCCCAGGCACCCACACCGGUCCUGCUACUACCUCAUUGAGUAAUCAGGCACAUCAAUUGUUACCUCCACCUCCUCAUUUUUCUUCUUCUUCUUCUUGACGUUUUAGGUUCGGAGAAAUUCCCCACUCUUUUGUUUUACUUAAUUUUCUGGUUUUAUUUUGUGUAAUCUUAAAUGUUGUUACUCUCUAUUACUGAUGGUGGUGGUUGGAUUUUUAUUUCUGGAGAA